AUGGAAGACGAGCUCACACCCCAGUCCGGGGGGUUCAUUCCACCUACAGGCCUGCUCUCACCCACACUCUCGACAGCGUCAUCGCGUGGCGCCGCCGCGCUGCCACAUCCUAGGCAAAGAGCGCUGAAUCCCGGCGGCAGCAAAGAAGACAUUGUGCGGCGGUACGUCGAAGAAACACUAUUAGAUGUAUCGCGCCGCUAUGUCAAGAAGUUUAGUGGUUCGGAUCCCGACGAUGGCGUCGCCGGUUACACGAGUUUCAUCGAGGUUGCAAAGCAGCUGGAGGAAGUAGUCGACAUGCUGUGGCGCUCCGGCACUCCAUUUUUGCAAAUACCAUUUCUGCUGAAGAUAGGCGGCGACUUUACCCAAUACGUGCGCUCUUUUCCCGCCGCGCCAAGGGCUACGUUUCAUCUUCUCGAUAAAAUGGACCAUUGCUUUGCCAGUUUAUUAUGUGGGCAGGAUGUUGAGACGCAGGAAGCUCUUCCAGGUUUCGAGAAUGGGUUGCGCGGCGGCAUGACUACGACAGACAUGGUGCGCUGCCGCAGCCUGGUCGAGACUACGCGGGUCCUUAUGGUAGAGAUUAUGAGCAACGAUACGGGCGAGGAUGAGGAUGAGGAUGAGGAUGACAACGAAGAUGAAGACGACGACGACGAUGACGACGAGCUUGGUCUGGAAACAACGGCGAAUAGGGCUGAGCCCAAGGAAAGGGUAGCUUGGGACCCUGAUCAAGACCGCAUCCACCUCGAUGCCGCUCGCGUUUACGAAAAGACUAUUGUCCAACUGGGCAAUAGACUCGGGGAUGGCGCACUGGGAUCUGCAUAA